AUGCCACGUUGUCGGGGACUUGUUCUCCACGAUUGCCAUGCAGAAAUCCUAGCCAUUCGUGCCUUCAACUACUGGCUCUUGACGGAAUGCCACGGUCUGAUGUCCCAAGAAAAGGCCGAAACCAAUGUUACACCUCCACAAUCACCCUUUAUUCGUAGGAGGGAGGUCAAAAAUGAACAUAAGAAUUCAUUGACAUCAGUAAACUGGCCACUUUUCGAGCUCCAACCUGAUGUUAGGCUGUAUAUGUAUUGCACAUGUGCGCCUUGCGGAGAUGGUAGCAUGGAACUAUGCAUGGGAUCACAAGAAGAUGCAACACCAUGGGAGGUGAAGCGCCCACCGAAGCAAGAUCCAGAAAUACACGAAGGGGCAGUCCCAGCUGAGGAUGAUCUUCUUGAUGGGCGAGCUCAUUUUUCAUUACUGGGAAUUGUACGGCGUAAACCAGCACGAACAGAUGCAGAGUCGACGCGCAGCAAGUCUUGUUCGGAUAAACUAGCAUUAAAGCAGGUCUCCUCUUUGCUCUCAUGGCAGGCUGCCCAUUUGAUUGCCCCGACUGAAAAUGCAUAUUUGGCUGGUCUCAUUCUUCCAGAGGAUGAGAUUAGUAACAUCGCAUGCGAGAGAGCUUUUGGAGAGAACGGUCGUAUGAAAGAGUUGAAGGGGCGUUCUUGGGAUGGCGAGACCACUGAAAACUCAUAUGGGUAUCGAUUCCGUCCAUUCGAGAUUCUAGCUGUUUCUGCAAAAGAAACUGAGACGCGCUGGAAGUUUUCUAAGCCAAAGUCCACACCUUUGCCUGAACGGGCUGAGGCUGCCGAGAAUUCUACCAUACCGAAGAAGAGCAAGCCAGGAAGUGCAAGCGCGGUCUGGACAGCGGCACCGACAUAUUCACAUAUCUGUGAUGUGUUAUCAAACACUGGUAGUAAGCAGCUGCCUUCGCUUCGUCGUUCCAAGACCGGCCUCCAUGAAACUAUUAUUGCAGGCGUGAAGCAAGGGCACAAAAUUUCUACGGCUGUUGCGCGGGGUGCUUCGGCACUUUCCCGGGCAAGACUAUGGGCUCUUUUGCAAAGCCUCCAGGCACUGGAAAGUAAAGUCCAUGGUAGUCAGGAGCUGAGAACGCAACAAGUAGACACUACGAAAGGCGAAGCUCAUGAAGGACCCCAUCCACAUCAUCAUAAUCUUACGACUUAUAAGGACCAAAAAGAGGCCCUACGUGAGCCAUCUAAUCCACUUCGAGUUCGCGAAGAAGCCAUACGGGAUGCUAGAUUCAUUCUCAAGGGAUGGUCACGAAAUGUGGGAGAUGAGAACUGGAAGUUGGAUGUUCUCAUUGACCCAAAGAAGCGGAAACGAUGA